UGGGGAUUGUCGACCAUACCCACAGACUGCUCUCACAUUCACACACUCGCGAUGUGCAACGUUCAAACUUCCCUCAGCAUGGAUGCGUUUGCGCGCACUUGGUGUCAUGAUUCGUCUGCCUUCUCGUUUACGCGUAACAAUAACAAAAACAACAAGGCGCGCUCUCAGAAGUGAUGGGCUCCAAGUUGAGCAGGCAGAGAAGUCUAGAUUUGGAAAGUAAAUGGAGCAAGAGACGGCGGCAGGGCAAUGUCACGCCGGUGCAAAGCGAAAGAGGCGGCGGGGAUCUGUUGUUUACCUCCUUGAUGCUCAAAUCCGACAAGCUGCCGGCGAUGCUGCGCAAACGCGACCGCAGCCCGUACGUCAAGCGGGUGGCUUGGAUCCGCGACAUCCAGCGACAUCUCCGGGAGCACAGGUCCGAGCAAGCGGGCGAAGUGCUCAAACUGCUGAGAAAGGAUUUGGGGCUCCAGGGAACGUCGCUCAGUGACAUUUUGUACAAGAAUGCGGCUUUUCUCAACCUGGUGGACCCCAUCUCACACGAGCUGCUGCUAAGUCUGGCCCGAGACCUGCAGUGUCCGAAGAGGGAGACGGAGUCCCUCAAGUCGACCAACAAGAUCUGCUGCCAGCUGAUUUACCACCUGACUCCUCACUCCAAGUGGACGAGACAAAGCGUUCCCAGGAGGAAGUCUCAGGCCUGUCUGAAGACCACCCUGAAGAAAAAACUGUCCGGCGAUGUGGUCAACCUCUCCGGCAUCCCACUUUCGGGAAGAGACGUCCACCGCGUGGCCUUGUACCUGCAGGGUGCCAGCGACGCAGUGUCUGCUGUGGACUUGAGCUUCACUGGGCUUCAGGAUGACAGCUUGCGACUGCUCCUGCCGGCCCUCAGCGGUCUUCCCAAGCUGACCACGCUCGCCGUCAACGGCAACCGUCUGACAGUAGCCGUCCUGAAAGACUUGAUGGAGGCGGUUAAAGACCCUAAGAAGUUCCCCAGCCUGGCGUGGAUCGACCUGGGCAACAACGUGGACAUCUUCACCGUGCCGCAGCCGCUGCUGGUGGCCCUGCGCCGCCGUUUCGGUUUACGCAGCAGCCUGCCUACCAUCUACGAGUACAACGAAGCAAAGACCUUAAGCGGCUACCUUCCCAACAUGGAAACUUCCGUAGAGGAGACCAGCAUGUAUGAGGAGGGCGAGGAAGGUGAGGACGAGCGAGACGAAGAUGACGACAGGCUAGAGCUUCAAGCUUGGGGCUUUACGGAGGAGAGAACGUCCAAGAAUGUGCAGGUGGCAAGCUGUGGGAGGUGUUCAAGAAAAGACUUGCCCGAGUUUCCUGGCUGUUAGUCUCGUCUCUUGAGCUAAAAAUAAAGUGUAAUGCCUCUCUGGAUGCUACCAACACGACAAUGUAUUUAUGGGCUAAUUUAUCUCCUUACAUCCAGACAAAGUUCCACAGUGCUUAUGGUAACUUAUGGCGGGGAGCUCGGAAACUUAAAUGUUUGUGUAAUACGGCACAAUUAAUUCAGGAUAUCUGACUGACCCAAAGCUAUGACACGCGUGGUUGUUCAAAAUAUUCCAUCAUUUAUUGUCAAGAACUUUGACCCUUUAUCCAAGGAGAUCCCCGGGAAUUCAUUUUUUUUUUGAAGGACCCCGACUUAUGAAAUCAUGACUGAGUCUCUGACUGACUGACCAAAAGGAUGGGCAGUUAAGUGCCUUGCACAAGGGCACCUUAGUAGUCAAUGAGGAUAUGUUUACACAGUCAGUAUAGGAAUCAUUCCUUGUUCCUGACAUUGCUAGUUGGGAAAGGAUUUCUUUGCAUCCCCCAAAAAACAAACUAGAUCACAUAACUAACUGUUCUUCAAUACCUUUAAUAAGUUUACAAAAUCCAUUCCUGACUGAUCAUUGGAUAUUGUGGGACCAAAAUACUGCUUUUCAUUCUCAUAUUUAGUGCAUAUCGCUUUUAAAAUGAAACAGGGAGUCAACACUAUGUUUAAAAAAAUUUUUUUACACUCAACCGUUUUCAUGAACCAAUAGAGAACAGGGUACAAUAGUUGCACCUUUUCUAGAUAGGAGGUGAACAAAAAAACAGCAUUGUCAUUCCAUUUGAGUUCAAACCGUAUUAAUGGCCUAAACAGUGGCAGCAGGAUAUUUGAUGUAAUCUGCCUCACAGUUUUGAACUUUAAACUUUAAAGAUGUGUACCCCAUCUGAUAAGGACCCCAGAUUCGUUUUGUAUUGGUUGAGGUUUAAAAUAAAUAUGUGCCAAUUACUAAAUCUAGAAAACACUUUAUUUCUGUAACUUAGAGUAAAUAGACUUUUAAAUACAAUAAACAUUAUACAUAUGUUUUUAAAUACAACACAAUCACCUAUAUAUUGAUGAGAUACAAUUAUUAAUAAUUUUGUGAAUUUGUUUUUCCCCUCAAGCACACACAUUUGUGUGCUGCCAAUGAACUGAUUACUGCCUGGUUGGGUGCCCUCAGUCUAUUUUUUUCUCUUUAGUAAAUAGGACGAGCCCUAGAUUAUUUUGAUGAUGGUUUAUGAUUGAUUCUAUUUAUUUAUGGGGAUAAAAAGGAUGCCAUUUCUACUCAUGCAUACUGUUUCUCUUCCCAAUGUAGCAUGUUUUUAUGUGCAUUAUGACAAAUCUUUUUUUUAUCCUGUCUUUUGUUGUUGUAUUGUUGUGUACUUCUUUCCACGCUAUUGUUUGUUUUUUGUGCUGGGGUAUUAAUUAGAAGGGUGCCUGCUGUGUGUGUUUGUAUAAUUAUGGCGUGCACGCAGCAAAAGAUUACUACCUUUUGAUCGCAGGAAUGAAAUGUUUACUCAUUUGCACUUUAAGGACGACGAGAUUACAGAAUGAACGGACUGUUUUAAUGAGUCUUUAUUGAUAUGAAGAAAUUAAUGACACACUAUAUCCUAAAAUGAUUAUUUUCUACAGAUGUGUGCAUCAUUUCAAGUGUUCCCCCCCCCCCAGAAGUUUUCUUAAUGUGUUUCGCUUUUAGAAUAAAAGUGAUGUUUGCCUGCUGUUGCUUCCAAAAUAAACUAUAUG